GGGCAGGUCACCUCUCCUCGCGUGCCCGCAAUCCCGCCCCGCCCGGUCCAGGCUGCAAGUGCCCGCCGGCCGUUUCCGCUCUCGACGCAGGCGCGGCAGCUCGGCCGGAGAGCGGCGGGGGUCGGCGAGGAGCGGACGCCGCUGGCCAGGAUGGUGCUGGAGAGCGUGGCCCGCAUCGUGAAGGUGCAGCUCCCCGCGUAUCUUAAGCGGCUCCCAGUCCCCGAGAGCAUUACCGGGUUCGCCCGGCUCACAGUUUCAGAAUGGCUUCGGUUAUUGCCUUUCCUUGGUGUACUUGCACUACUUGGCUACCUUGCGGUUCGUCCAUUUCUCCCGAAGAAAAAGCAACAGAAGGAUAGCUUGAUUAAUCUUAAAAUACAAAAGGAAAAUCCCAAAGUGGUGAAUGAGAUAAACAUUGAAGAUCUGUGUCUUACUAAAGCAGCUUAUUGUAGAUGUUGGCGUUCUAAGACGUUUCCUGCCUGUGAUGGUUCACAUAAUAAACACAAUGAAUUGACAGGAGAUAAUGUGGGUCCACUAAUACUGAAGAAGAAGGAAGUAUAAUAGUAAUGAAUUAGAAUGGAAUUCAAUUGUGUGCUGUAAAAACUUAUAACAAUAUUUUUCCAUUCUUUGUUUAUAGAAGAUCUUUCAAAUGGUGGUCUUAAUUAUUGCUACUCGUUGAAUAAUUAUUUCUGCCAAUUUAUUUUCUUGUUACACUACUGUUUAUAUUUGAUACUUUGUAUAUUCAGUCAUUUAUAUAAAAAUUAAAUUGUGCAACCCUUUCAUUCUGACUUCAAAGAAUUAAUGUAUCUUCCUACAAUAAAACCAACAUUUUUAAAUUUUAAUUGAGAAAGCUUUUGGCAAUGAGUCCGAAGCUGUUUGUUUGAAUGUCAAUAUUUUCAAAAGAAACUGUACUUUAAAAAUUUCUCUCUACAUUAUUAAAUAUAUUAUUUUUUAGUGCU